AUGCUUGAAUUUAAAAACAAAAACUCUUCCUUUUUUUCUCUUUCUUUUUUUCCCUUUCUUUUUCGGCUGAAUCUUUUUUUUUCAGUUUUUUUUUCAUUUAUUCUCUCUUUCAUUAAUUCAGUUUUUUUUUCAUGCUGUCUUUCAGCUUUUCAUCUCGUUAUAUUUCUUCUUUCAAAACUUUUUCUUUUUCAUUCUUCGAUUUAUCAGUUUCUUUUUUCAAUCAUCGAUUUGUCUUUGUUUUUUCAUUCUUCGAUUUACCUUUUUCUUUUUCAUUCUUCGAUUUAUCUAUUUUUUUUCAAUUUGUCUUUUUUUUUCAUUCUUCCUUUUUUUCUUUUUUUUUUUUUCAUUCUUCGAUUUUUUUUUUCAUUUUUCUUUUCUUUUUACAUUUAUUCUUUUCUUUUUUUUUUGUUUUUUUUUUUUCAUUCAUUACUUUUAUUGCGCGAUUUUCAUUCUGUCGUUGCUUCUUCCAUUCUCUUUUUUCUUUUCAUCUUUUUUUAUAUUUUUCAUUCUGUUCUUUCUUUUGCAUUUUUCCUUUUUUUGUCUUUUUUUUCACUUUUUUGUUUUCUUUCUUUAAUUUCUUUCUUUUUUUUUCUUUCCAUUGACAUUUUUUACCAUUUUUCUCCUUCCUUUUAUUUCCUUCACCCAUUUUUUCAUUUCUUUUCGACAUAUUUUUACCAUUUUUUUCUCCUUUUUUUUUUUCUUUCCCUUUUUCUCUUUUUAUUUCUUUUCUUUUUCCUCUCUUCCAUUGACAUUUUUUUUUUUUUUUCCUUUCCUUUUUUUUCCUUCAAUUUUCUAUUCUUUUUCUUUCAUUUUUUUUCUCUUUUUUUCUUUUCCAUUGACAUUUUUUUACCAUUUUUCUCCUUCCUCCUUUAUUUCCUUCAUUCUUCCUUUUUCUUUUCAUUUCUUUUCUUUUUUUUCCACAUUUUUUUCCUUCUUUUCCAUCAUAUUUUUCUCCUUCGAUUUUUCUUUUUUAUUUUUCCUCUCUUUCAUUUUUUACCAUUUUUUUCUCCUUUCCUUUCUCUCCUUUCCUUUCUUUUUUUUUCUUUCAUUUUUUUUUCUUUUUCCAUUUUCAUUUUUUUUUUCAUUUUUUCAUCCUCCUUUAUUUUUUUCAUUCUUCUUUUCUCUUUCAUUUCUUUUUUUUUUUCCUCUCUUUCCAUUGACAUAUUUUUACCAUUUUUUCUCCUUCCUCCUUUAUUUCCUUCACCUUCUAUUCCCUCUUUUCUCUUUCAUUUCUUUUCUUUUUUCUUUUUCCAUUGA